CUUCUGUACUGUCAGUCCGCCGUCACAUCGGACACAAGGAGCCCCGAAUCGGAGCAACUAGUCUAGUAAGCUAGUUUUCGAAAUCACCACUUCGCCAUCUUGGCCAAUCUGUUCUUAGCCAACCAGGUCGCUGUUUAACCGCACACGGGCAUUCGUGACCCAUUCGUUGCGACGCAAAUGUCUACACAACCCAGCUUCGGCCGUGUUGAUGACCCAGCCAGCCAUCAUCGCACGUUUUUGACGUGCUCUUCUUUUUGCAUCACCAUGAUCUUGCACUGUCAGGCCUGCCGCAUCCGGCAAAGCUGAUCGUCAGCGUGGCAUCCCGAACCGUUGUCAUACAUGGCCUACUCGGUUGGCAUUGCUGGAUGAGGCAGGUUCGUCCAUAUCGAGAACCCCGUUUUGUGACCGACGACCAGCAGUUGGUCGGAAACCGCCGAUGCUUUCCUUGUCGUUCUGAGAAUGAGAUGAAGCGAGGGAUCAAGUAUAAAGCCAUACCAUGGGCGUCCAGACCUCAUCAUUGCUCCCCAUCCUCUUCACCCCCUCUCAAAGCCGCCGCCAUGAAACUCUCCCUCCUCGCCUUUCUCCCCGCCGUCCUGGCCUUGCCCGCGGCCGAAUCGUCGGGCAUCGCGUCCAGACAGACAGCCGUUGCCACGACCGACAACUAUAUCUUCACUCUGACUCUCCCUCAGUUCACCGUCAGGCGUAACAACCGCAACCCGGCGUCUCUGGACUGGAGCUCGGAUGGCUGCUCAAACUCCCCCGACAACCCGUUUGGCUUCCCAUUUACUCCCGCCUGCCACCGCCACGACUUUGGUUACAGAAACUACAAGAAGCAAAGCCGGUUCACGGAUGCCAACCGCAAGAGGAUCGACGACAAGUUCAAGGUUGAUCUUCUUUACCAGUGCAGCUCCAACGGCCACGGUGCCGUCUGCCGUGCUCUGGCGGAUGUCUACCAUGCUGCCGUUAGAGCGUUUGGUGGGAGCGGAGCCAGCAAGAGAGAGGAGGAAGAGGAUUGGGUCAAGAUUUACGAGGAGAAGCUCGCCAUUUACAACGAGCUCGUCAAGGAGGCCCAGGCCACGGGUGAGCUGUGGACAUUGGAGUAGAUUGAUGACUUGACGAUUAUGAUAUAUCAGAUACCUACAAAAGCUGUCUCGUUGGGUGCUCAAAUUGUGGUGUCAUGGCUCAGGGGUUUAGGGGUAGUAAACAUGACAUUGCCUUGGCCUCCAUGAUGC